AUGUUAACUGAUGUUGAUGAUGAUGAUGAUGAUGACCUGUGUACUUUGAUAAUUGGACUUUUGCAAAAAGACAGGCGCAAGAAGAGAAAAGAAGGAAUUGAGAAUUUGACUAUUGGCUACAUGAUAUAUAAAUUGGAUGAAAAAGAUUCAGGAGACAUCAAAGACUUGAACUUUUUCAAAUAUCAUGCUUCAUGUGAUAAGUCACCUAAUUUCAUCAACACUCGAGAAGUUUGUGGCCGACACAAACUUCCACCAGGGAACUACCUCAUUAUACCUUCAACAUUUGAACCAAACAACACAGGAAACUUUCUUAUUAGACUGUUUACAGAAAAACAAAAUAAAACAGGUGUUGUAGAUGAAGUGACAGGACUGAAAGAAACAGAGUCUGACAGUGAAGAUGUUGCAGCAAAUCCUGAGAUAGCAACAAUUAAAGAACAGGAAAAUAAACUAAGAGAAAGCUUCAAAACAAUUGCUGGAGAAGACAUGGAAAUUGAUGCAUAUGAAUUACAAGAUGUUCUUAAUACUGUCUUCAAAAAAGGUCAGUGUCAGAAACUUUCUGUCUUUAUUUCAUUUUUUCAAUAA